GCUCUGUUCUGCUAAGAGGAAAUGGGCGUUUAGAGUUUCUUUUUGGGAACUCUGCAUUCCUCCCCUGCUUGGAAACCUUGGAUGGUGUGACUGAGAAAAUAAAGGGGGUGUGGUGAGAGUAGAAAUGAGGGGACCACCAAGAGGGGCACAGCAUUGCAGAGUUGUUGCUGGUGAGGUCUGAUUCAGAGGAACAAGAAAUACCAGAGGGAAUUUAAAAUGGCGUACUUGCUUAUGUUUGUGACACUAUUGCAUCUCAUCACACUGGCUAUGCUGUUCAUCGCAACCAUGGAGAAGUCCUGGUGGGUGUGGGAUGGGAUGGAGAACUCAGACCUGUGGUACAACUGUAGGUUCGACAACUUCACAGGAACCUGGUUAUGUGCAUCCUCCAAAGAAACUGAGUGGCUUCAGGCAGUCCAGGUCCUGAUGGUCCUCUCAGUGGUCUUCUCCUCAGUCUCCUUCCUGGUCUUCCUGGGUCAGCUCUUCACCAUGUCUAAAGGCGGGCUAUUCUACUUCACUGGGUUGUGUCAAGUCUUUGCAGGGCUAACAGCAUUUUCAGCAACUCUCAUCUACACGCUCCACCACAAAGAGAUCCUUCAGGACUCCAGAGAGUUGACUUCAGGACACUUUGGCUACUGCUUCAUCCUGGCCUGGGUGUGUGUGCCUCUCCUGCUGUGCAGCGGGGUCAUGUAUAUUCACCUGCGCAAGAAAGAGUGACGCAGAAAAGCAGCAUGAAUACAGCAGGAUUAGAGAACUACAACUAUGGCUGAUGCCUUUUUCUUAGGACAGGUUUACUGAUAUUGCUGCCAUAGUAGGAGCCACAUUUGAGCUGACACCAAUGUCUAUAACUUAUGGUUACUGUUCAGGCUUUUGCCAAAUGUAAUUAUGUUUUUGCAUUGUAAAUAUAUAGGAAACAUGCCAGUGAAUAGUAAGUUAUCCCAUUCAGCAGUUUUUCAUGCUUCACCAUAAAAAAACUAUUUUUGCUUUUUGUAUUUUUGAUAAUUUUAUUUCAAAAUAUAUGUGUUGUAUUGUGUUGACCAAAGAUGUCAAAUGCCAGUGAUGGUUAUGUAUUUUCUGUUUUUGUUUUCUUCUCUUUUUUUUCUUUUCUUCAUAUCUUAUUCUCUUUUGUUAACCUUAUGUGGCACUUGAGCUGUUUUAAUGAUCUCUAGAGCAAACUGGGAAUAUAUUUUUGUACCUAAAGCUCAGUAGCAUAUAUUUAGUAGUUGUUCUUGAUUU